UUAAUAUAUUUAUUGAUUAUUAAGAUUUCCUAGAGAUGUUAUAUAUUUGAUUGAUUAAUACAAAUAAUCAAAUAUAUAUCAUAUUAAGUAAUUAAUUCAAUGAUCCUAUUAUGACUUCUCAAUGGUAGAUAAAAAUAGUGACUCUAUUUUAAUAGAAUAGAUUUUUUUCAAAAAGAUCCAUAAUAUAUAUUGACUACUAACUGAUUUUUUUUAUCUAUUUCCUUAUUGCAUACCAUAUACCAUUAUUGUAAAUAUAUAUGUAUAUAUAUGUAUGCAUCUAACUCUAUAAAUAUAAUAUUUAUGUACACUACCAUUAUAAACGUUGCUUUGUUCUUUCAGAAAUUCUCUCCAAACUGUAACGCCAAAAAUGACUAAAGUCUCUAUUUUUGCUUUCUUCAUGAUCAUCUUCGUUUUAGGAAUGGUGAUUCAAGAAACUCAAGGACAAAUGUGUCAUGCUCUUGGAAUGAAAUCAAACUGUAAUGAUGGCGCAUGUGCCAAUCUGUGUAAGCUGAAAUGGAAGGGAAGCGGCUCGUGCUUCUCAAACCAACAUGUUUACAGUUGUAUAUGCAAUUUUCCUUGCAAAAUUUAAAUUUAUCUAUCUUUAUAGAGUUAUUCUUGGGUCCACCCCAUAGAUAGGUUCACCAACCAAUAGGAUUUCAUUAUUUCAAAUUC